AUGUGUAUUCCAGGAUAUAUUUGGUACAUUGCCGUGGCAUUUACUACAACAGCUAAAUUAACUGCAAUUUUUAAUACAAGUUGUUUUUGGGCUUAUGUAUUCUCAAUAUUAUUAUUAGGAGAUUCGUUGCAAAAAGAAAAGAUAUUGGCGGUUUUCCUAAGUAUUAUGGGUGUUGCUAUUAUGACAUUUUGGGAUAUAAGUAAUGAUAACCCGUCAGCAGAUAAAAAUUCAAAGUUUGAUAAUAAUGAUGAAGAUCGUAGUCUGAUUAAUAUGGGAGAUUUUAUAGCAUUGGUUGGUGCCCUUGCUUAUGGACUAAAUGAAGUCAUAUAUAAAAAAUAUGCAAGUCCAUCAACCCCAUCAUGUUUAUUCUCCAAUACAAUCACUGCUCUUAUUGGCGUUUUCACUUUUUUAUUCCUAUGGAUUCCGAUUCCGAUUUUACAUUUUACUGGUAUUGAGAUAUUUGAAAUUCCAGAUAUGGAAACAUUCGGUUUUAUUAUUCUUACUGCUAUAUCAGGAGUUUGUGUGAAUGCCUCAUUUAUGUUGAUCAUAGCUUUUACAUCACCACUUUUUGUUGCUAUUGGAUUAAUGUUGACGAUCCCAAUAGUAGCAUUGGUAGAUGUUCUGAUCGUUAGAAACCCACUAGGCAUUAACACAAUAUUUGGAGGGUGUUUUAUAUUAUUGGCAUUUGCUUUAUUAUGUUACAGCAAUAAUAAAAAAGUGUGA